CAUGCAUGUCUGUGUCCUCUGUCCUAGGGGAUGGAAUUCCGUCCAAAGUCAAGCACGACGGUGGAGGGUUGGAUUCCAGCAACUACUCGCUCAGUCUGUCUAAGUUUGGUCUUUGAGAGGAGCCCCUGAUUCAGAUUGUCGUGGAUGUCGUGGAUGCCGUGGUUUCCCGGGCGCUCGUGAUUGCUCACAUCCCUGGUGGUGUAUGGCUGGCAUGGCCAGAGCACCGGUCAAGGGCUUAUCCUUCCCGAAUUCAGACGUGACCGCAAAACUCCGAUCAGAGAUCACUAUGGAGAGAUAGCGGGAGCUCGAGAGGGGCUCCCGUGUCAUUGAUCGCCUAUCCCCUUAUCCGGCUCGCCCCAUCCACACAUCUUAGGUCCUCAUUUGUGUUAGCACGCCGGUCGACCUUGACGCGUGUCCGCCUCAGACGAGAAAGGGACAGGAGGGCGUUUUCAGGGGUGGGAAUCGGUGAUCGGGCUUGAGACGCACCAUCGCAUCGGUUGAGUCCUCCUUCAUUCCUGACCGAGCCUUGAUUGAUCGAGCCCGUGCCUCAUCUCCCUCAUCCACCACACUGGGGGUCAGACCAUGGACGUUCACCGUUCAGCCACCCAUGGGCGAAUGAACCAUUCCCCCUCCCACCCGACCCAAGCCUUCCAACCCAUACACCUUCAGCUCGAAGCCUUACGCCUGCGUCACCAGCCCCCACCCACCCUGGUCCUGGACGCGCAACCCGCUCAGACGGUGAUUAGCCUCCACUCCACGCCCUCCGAACUGCAAUCGUGGUCUCAGUUGGUCCGCUCGGAUUUGGCUCAACAUCGACCUUUGAGUCGCCUCAUCUUGACGUGGGCCACGUUAGUCGCCGAAAUUGAGAGUUUGACCGUGGAAGCCCGCCAACACUUUUACGCCCCCUUGCUUCUGUAUGGCGUGGCCGGGGACCUCUCACCCGAACCCGGCGAUGGAGCUUUGUCCCUGGCGCGCAUUUUACCCCUCCUUCAAAAAGUGUCCGACUUUCAAGAGCACUGUCAGCGUGUGAUGCUCAAUCUCUUUCAGCAGUUGUCCAUAUUUUACUCGACCCAACCGGAACCAGCGGGAUUGCCGCCCUCCGACAACCGAGAGGUCCACUUUCAAGUCAUUUUUGAUCACCUGGGCCGGCUUCUAGUGACCUUGAUCACGUUAGACGCCAUUAUUCAGUCUCAUACCGCCCUACAAACCGAUUGGCUGGCCUACCGCGAUCUAGUGGAGGGGGCUUUAAGCGAUGACCGGGCACGUCCGGGUUUGAAUGAGCUCGAAAUCCAGUUAAAACGCCUGGAUGAAAAAAUCUUCGGGGCCGGUUUAUUCCUGGCAUGUGUGUACCAGCCUUAUGAUCUGGAUGGAUUAAACAUCCCGGGCAACGAGGCUCUCUUUGAAGCCUUGAUUUUUUCGCUCAAGUGUUCCCUCAACGAUUUGGAUCGCGGCGUGGGCCAAGGCCAAGUUGAUUUUCCUCUACAUGUGGUUGAGUUUGCCGCCAAGUUUGUUCUGAUUUCGACCCUGUUCCGCAUUCCGGAAAAACGAUUGAGCAAACGAAUGUGGGAUCAUUUGAAGAAAUUUCCUGCUGUGGUUUUGUUCGAUACUGUGAUGUGGUUUCCAGACCAAUUCUUCACCUCUUGUUUGCCUAAAUAUGCUAAGACGGUCGACGAUAAAACCAUGCAACAAUUCCCAACUAGUCGGCAAACUUCCAUUAAGACAUCAGCUCAGACACUGACUCAGGAUAUGAGGCAAUUUCAUGCCAAGUUGAACUCGUGGGUAAUUCAGAUGGAGACCAAGCUGAAAAGUUUCAGUGGCACUCCAAGUUUGGACGAGCUCGAGAGAAAGAGUCAGCUCUUGCUCCAAGGGAUUCAACUGGCUUCCACCAUCCGCGGCACAGUUUCCUUGAUGCUCAAUGUGCAUGGGAAACUCUCUGCACCCUUGACAAAAUCAAGUGUCAUCUCUUUGUGUACAAUGUUGGAGAUGCUAAAAGCCAUUGAAUACGUUUAUCAAAGACACAUGUUGUCCAUUCUGGAUGUAAUCAAUCAUGCCAAUCAACACCGCUCUGUCAUGAUCAUCACCAUUCUGGGAAAAGCCAAGAGAGUCCUUCUGUCUACUUCUGACGGUGGAGUAGGUGUUGGAAGUGAUCGGAACCGACAAUCCCAAGCGACGAAAAGCACCGUUCUCGCGUCCUUGGUCUUGGCGGAAAUGGCCAUUUCAGGCGCUCCAACAUCAGAGCGACGGUUGAUAACUCGAUUGUGUCUCGCAAUGGCAUCCCAAAAUAGAACAUUCAAGGAGGAGGAAAUGCGAAAAAUGUCCCAAUGUAUGCAGGAGUUGCAAGCCUUGAGUCUGUUGCAACGGACUGUUCAAGAUGCCUGUUCGGCCGAGUUUUUUUACUCGCAUCGCGUGGUCUUACCUGUGUAUUUCAAUCACGUUUAUGAGAGCAGACAUGAUUCAGCAAAUCGACUGAUGUACAUGUUCUGGAUCUUACGAGAUUGUUGCCAGCCUUUGACGCAGGUUGUUCACCUCGCAGACAGCAAGGCCCUUCAAAGCUCUUUUGAAGCUGAGAUCAUGACCAUAUUUGAAAAUACAAUCCUCAAGCCUUUGUGUAAAGACCUAGAAACCGACUUGAGACUGCAAGUUCACUCUCACUUGAAACUCGAGGACAGAAAUCCGUUCACAUCCAGUGUGUCCAAAGACCUCUCGCCUUUGAUCAACGUGGCGCCAAUUCUGUUUGUUGGCAAAUUCAUCGACAUCAAAGCUUAUGUGGAAGAUUACCUCAGCCGAAUAUUCUAUAACCUGACAACAGUGGCCUUGCACAAUUGGAGGACCUACGGAGAAAUGAGAGCCUUGGCUGCUCACAAAUUCGGAACGGUCACUGUGGAUGAUCAUUUACCCGCCCAAACGUUGGAGCAGGGAUUAGAUGUUCUCGAAAUCAUGAGGAAUAUACAUGUAUUUGUGGCCAAAUAUUUGUACAAUUUAAACAACCAAAUAUUCGUUGAGGAGUCUAGUCAUAACAAGCAUUUGAACACGAUAAACAUCCGUCACAUUGCGAAUUCGAUUCGGACUCAUGGCACAGGCAUCAUCAAUACAACGGUCAAUUUUACGUAUCAGUUCCUCCGAAAGAAGUUCGUGAUCUUCUCCCAGUUUUUAUACGACGAACAUAUCAAAUCUCGGCUGAUCAAAGACCUUCGCUACUUGAAGGAGAACCAAGCUUAUCCCUUUGAGCGUGCCAGCAAAUUCAACAAAGGCAUCCGGAAACUUGGCCACAUGCCAGAUGGACUGACCACUUACCUCGACCAAUUUCGAAUGCUAAUUGCCCAGAUUGGCAAUGCCCUAGGCUAUGUGCGAAUGAUUCGCUCGGGCGGACUGCAUUUUGUUUCCAAUGCCAUACGAUUUGUACCAGAUCUCGAGGAUAUUCCCAACUUUGAGGAGCUAUCCAAAAAAGAGGAGAUGUCCUCCGAGUCAAUAGAGGCUGCGCGGAUCCUCGACGAAGUGGUGGCAAACUUGAAUCAAAAUUUCUUUGAUGGAACCCAAUACUUUCAACUUUUGGUGCAAGUCUUUGCCAAACAACUGAGUGAGAAGAAACACGUUCAUCUCAAAGCCUUCUACGCCAUUCUACCCCCUUUGACCUUGAACUAUUUGGAAUACAUCAUGGCUGCCAAGGACAAACUUAACAAAAUGAAUGUGAAAGCUGCCAUUUUUACCGAUGAUGGCUUCGCUAUGGGUAUCGCUUACAUUUUUCAAGUACUGGACCAGUGGUCUGGCUUUGACUCAUUGCAUUGGUUUCAAACCGUCCGAAAUCGAUACGUCAAACAGAGGAGUCAAGUGAUGGAGCAGAUGAAUUCACAAAAUGACGAGAAACUGAAACAAACUCUGUCCUUGACUUUGAAGCGACUCGAAGCAUACCAAAAGGAAUUCGAUUUGCUAAACUUUAGCCUUAGCUCGGCUCGCAUCUUUUUCCGCAACGAUGAGGACGAAGUGGAUGAGGCCGAUCAAGACAAUGAAGAAGAAGGGACCGAAACAGAAACGGGUUUGGCCAGCGAAGGCAAUCCAGGAAAAACUACUCCAUGAAAUUCUUUUCAAGUUUUUGAUCUUUGCAAUAAAUUCGAGAACUAUGAUUUAUGAACUUAUCUUUCUAAGAAUAAAAAGUUGAAAUGGUGGUUGAA